AUGGAAUCAUUAAACGAUAUUUUAAGUAAUUUAAGUGAAUUUAAAAACAAUCAACACGUUAUUAUAAACGAAGAAAACAAUUUACAAAUCAGUGACAUAAAUGAUCAUUUUGAUGGUGCAAAAAAUUUAAUAGAUAUGAGUGAAAAUAAAUCAGAACGAACGAAUGAUGCAUUAAUUUCAAUAGAAUCUUAUGAACAUGGAAUUCAAAAAAUUUCUGAUUCACAUAAUGAAAUCAAACUACCAAUAUCUCAUAUUGAACAUAAUGCAACAACUGGUUUUAUAACAGACACCAUGACAUUUGUAAAUUACUUGGACAUGGAUACAAAUACUAAAUCGAAUAUAAACUUAAUACCUCCUAGGAUAAGUACUUGGGUGCAACGAUGUAUUCAAGACUUAAAGAAAGAUAUUCGAAAUUGUAAAUUUAUAACAGACAAUGUAGAAGUAAUGAUUAAUAAUUUUAAUAUUUUUGAAAAUUCUUCAGUUACUCUAUUAGAUACAAGUAUAAAUGAAAAUCUAUUCUUGGAAUCGAUUCAGGAAUGA